UGCAAAGGAUACAGAUCUAUGCGUGUUGGGAAGUUUGCCUGCGGUUACUACGAAGAAGCUAGCAGUACUCUUCCAACAGCCCAUCUAUCGAGUAAAGCCUUCCCCUCCAGAAUCAGACUAUCAUCAUGAUACUCCCCUUUGUCAUUGUUCUCGCGACGGCGUCAAGUCUUGGCGCAGCACAAUACUUAGUUGAUCCUCCUACUACCGCGGCUGCAGAUACCAUCAAGGACUGCACAUAUUGGCAAGUCGCUUCAUCCAACGAUACUUGCACUAGUAUAAGCGAGUAUUGGGGCCCGAUAUUGGGUUGGCUCCCAGAGCAAUUUUACGUAUAUAAUCCAAGCCUAGCCGAUGGUUGCGAGCUUGUCGUUGGCAACUCAUACUGCAUUGAACAGAAUUGGGGGAUACCUCCCACGACUUCUACUUCGACCAGCAGUUCUGUCACCAGCACCACUACUCCAACUCCGACUCCAACUCCUACGACGAUUCUCGAAGCUUGCGAAUUUGAGGCCGGGGGCUACGCAAGCUAUUGCCCGCGUUGUGUCUCCCUCUGUGAGGACAGUUCGAACUAUGGAGAUUGUUUUUGGAGUGUCUUUUACCAGAUCAAUGGCUACGACAGCCAGUGUUGGCAGCACGGCGGCAUCGAUUGUGAAAACAAGGCGGUAGAUAAAGUUUGUCCCAAGGCCUAGUAGCAGGUCUGACUGGAUCGUGUUUCUAAAUGUGUGGACCGUAAAUUAUCCACUAAGGAUAAUGAUCUGACGCUUCAACAAUAGGAGGGAAUGUCCAGCCGUAGUGAGCGUAAUUAGAAACUCACUUUCAAUCGUUUGUUGCAGUUAUGGUCAUGGUCCUAGUUGGGCUUGUAUUUAGAGACAUAGUCGAGCUUGUACGGUAGGAUUAUAGUAUGUCUAAGAUCAAAGUUGAAGUUAAGUCAG